UUCUUGGGCUUACGCGAUCUUAUAUUCCAUUUUUCCCGGAACAUUCCAUCUCCGUCCUUUGUUUCCUGCCUAAUAUUUUAUUCAUGCUUUAUUGCCUUUUCUCAUCGACGCAUUUCAUAUUUCCGUUCAUUUUAUCACUUUUCACAGCCUCUUAUCCGGCAUUUAGUUCCUUCGCAUUUCUUUUUUUAUCCUUUCCGUCUUUGGUUAAUCCUGCGUUUCAAGAGGGAUUAGCCAACUUGUCUAGAAAUUGGAGUGGCCGUGUCCCUGGGAACUGAUGGACGCUUCCUUAGGGGCGUGAGAGUCUUAUUGGCCAAAUCCUUAAGAUGCGUGUCCCUUCCUUCCACUCCCCAAAGCCCCAGAGUAGACUGAGGGUGGUGGAGAGGCUGAGAAGUACCUCUUAAUUGCAUUUCCUCCAGUGGGUCCUCGCGAGAAAGCCUCUCACUGUUUGCUUCUCUUUAAAGCCUCCAGACGUCCCCUUGAUUGUUCUUGGCCGUGUAGGAUCUCUACGCAAUGUCCUCGGCGGACUGUUUAGGGCACGCAGGGAAUCCCUAUGAUGCUUCCUAUCGUGUCAAAGGAGAGGGAAGUGGAGAGGGAGUUGUGCAGGCAAGCUGGAAUGACCUGUGGAGUGGUGAGGUGGUGGUGGUGGCGGCGGUGGCAGCGGGGAGAGAGGAGCACGCAGGCGCCGGGAGGAGGGCCUCUGAGCGGCACUGCGGCUCAGGUGGCGGCACACUCACGUGGCUCCUCCCCGCCGCCACGCCGCUCUGUCCUCGCCGCGACGUGCUCGAUUUAAUUCCCUGCGUGCUUGCGGUGCCGAGCUGUGUCUUUGUGUUGACGUGGCGUUGAAAGGACUCUGUUGUGUGGGGGUGAUUCGCCCCUAAUAAGAAGGAUCUGUGUGUUAGAGGGUGACCUAUGAUGCCCUUCACUAUAACGGGGAUCACGAGGACAAACAAAUCAGGUUUUCGAGUGCAAACAAGACGAUCCCGGGCGGUAAACACAGCCAGAUCUGGGUAUCAGUUUUCAGAGCCUGGUCGAGCGCCCGGCAGCAGUAAUUGGACGGAUGGUCGAUGGAAGCAGCAGUGUAAACGAGCACACGUGCCACGGCUCGCCUCCCGCCCCCCUCACCCAUAAUAACAUUAUUUACUGCAAUGGGAGGAUCGUGAUACCAGAAAGAAGUAGUGAAAGGGAGAGGAAAAGAGCUUAAAGCAUCGCCGAAAUCUCUCCAGGACGAGUUGGCUAAAUCCCGCUGGAGUGGCGUUUGAGUGGCGGAGUCAACAUCGAGGCUUUGUUGGAGUGGGUGUUCCGCCUUCCCCGAGCGCCAGUCGAGGCUCAGCUUUUGUGCCACGAGGACCCCAGCCCUGCCUCCCGCCGGUGUCCACAGGAGUGCCUUAGCUCGCCUGCAGGGGAGGGGCGCUGCAUUCACGCCACCACCCCCACCCCCGCACCAUCAGCCUCUCGCUGCCUUCCUGAGAAUUUUUCGCUUUUGUAAACGUUUCCAGGCUCAAGGGAACUUUGAGUGUGUUAAAAUGUGUCGCCCUUAAGUUGAUGCGCAUCAAAAAUAUCGCUCGUGGCUUCCCUCCGUAGGAAGAUUGUUAAAGUGCAAAGUUGUUGUUGAACACUUAGAUGAGUCUUACUGAAAAAAAAAGUGUGUCAGUAGUCAGCCUGCAGCCUGGACCACUGUGGGCCCUCCAGCCACGAGUGUCGCAGCUCUUGCUCUGAGCCGAGCACACUCCCUCUGUCGCCCUUGUGAGCUGCCGCAGGCGUGUGCCCCGGCAUAAUAUACUCCAGCUGGAGAUAGUUCACCGAGGGCCCUUGAGACUACCCGACUACCCUCACAGGUAGUCUUGGAAUAUAGUAAAAAAAGUUGAAUUGCCUUUCAUUACCUGCACUCGAAAAAUAGAGAAAUGAAGAGACCUUUGGGACUGAGCUUCAAGAUGUGGUUCAGAAAAGAGUGGCCUGGGGAAGCUUGUGAGUGUGAAAGUGAGAGUGAGAGGUGUUCCCCUUCAGGAGUAAAGGGGAGACUCUCUGAAUAAAGGAGAGGUUCGAUAAAUAACCCGAAAACACUGGACAUAAAAAGUACAUAUGAAUACAGACGCUUUUAAUGGAAAACGUGACCUGGACAUAAAGGAGGCUUCUAUCUCGCUGACAUGACUUAAAUGAGGAGCAUCGCCGUGCCACUCUCUGAAAGCAAUGACAUGGACGCUUCCCGCCGCCGGGUAACGCCUUCACAGAUUGCCCUCUUUACUUCCUUGCCGUGGAGGCCGUGGCAACUGCUGGGGGCGAGGGAGGCGCCCGCCGGUGCAGGUGAGAACCUAAUCAAAGGCGAAGAAUGUGUGAAUUCCUUGCGGAGACAAGAGGCCGCCGAUGCUGGCGCUGAGUGCCCAGACCAGCCUGGCUCACCGCGCCUCUGUUGGCCUCAGCAUUCUUCAGGAACGUUACCAAUAUCUCAGGCUCCAUCAAGCCCAUCAGCAGCCCACCAUGACGCUCAUAGUGACGUAUGGGCCCACCAAACCCACGCUCAUGAACUUCUGCCAAAGUUUUUUCCUACAGCAGCCAAGUCUCAAGUCUGAAAAAAGCUGGUGAACUCGUUUCCAUAAUGCAACAAGACUGGAAACAGUAUUGAAACAAAACCAAAAAUACCGCGUCGAUGAGAGUCUUUUUCCAAUCUGGAAAAGGAGACACUCCCAUGAGAGCGGAACAAAUGGUUAAGUAGAAUUGUUUCCUUGCAAGGUUUUUCCGCGCGUGACACUGUCCUGGGGCCUUUCCUGGUGCUUGGGCCGCGGCCGCCGGGAAUGCCGCCUGCCGCUGUGUUGUUAAAAGUGUGCGUCAGACUGUGUGGCAAAGGAACACGAGGGAAAAAAAUAACAUUUUUCUCUCGAGCUUUAUUACCUGACCCCGCACAGUGAUGGAAAUACUCUACAGAAAACAAAGAUUUUUUGCGGGGCUUUGAUCGCGGCGGAAGUAUUGGGCCGUGAAUUGAGUCUUUCGUGUGUGUGUGUGGUGGUGCCUCCGCCUCCUUGCCCAGAUGUCCGUAGGGAGAGCGGUGACUCCGAGCUCCCCGCUCUCCAAGAGGCGCGUGGGUCCCUGCCCCUCGCCCUUCACCAUUAGCGGCGCCCCGGAGGUGACGCGCUCCUGCACCUCCGUUGACGCCCUCUGCAGCCCCAGUACCAUCGACUCCUUCCUCAGUGAAUUUUCCCAGCUGACACUUUCCCACACCCGGAGCUGGGGAGACGUGAUGGGCAACGCAAGGCGAGCGUCGCCCCCCGACGCGGGUGUGUGCUCGCGUUAUUUCCUAAUAGACAAGUCGCCUCACAGUGGCACCAGCGAGAGCUUAGACGACAGCGAGGCCUCGAGGGACGCCUCCACUGACAAAGACGAAGACAAACCGAGCUCGUGCAGCAGGAGUGGCAGCGUCAUUUCCAGCUACUUCACGGUGCCCAAAGCCGGCUCCGCCCCUGCCGCCGAGGAGGCCAAGGAGCAGGACGGGAACGCUGCUGUGGAGGCUGUCGAGUUGGGCCUUAUGUCUGACCAGCCCGAUGUGCGCCAGACACAGGAACAAAACCCUUCAAACUACGGAACAAUAGCUGGCCUAGUCUUGGGGCCUCGACCAACCGCCUCGGCCCUAAAGGGUGACAAGCCCUUCCUUAACUCAACGAUGCGCCAGAGCUCAAUACCUUUCUUGAUCCCACAAUUCGCCUCAGCACGAACUAACAUAGGGCCGGAUGACCUGAGAGGCUCCCACUGCAGCCUUAACCUCCCGAAUGGAAAGAGAGUAGCCAAGGCACGGCACGGCUCCAAGGGCUCCCUCAAGUUUAAGAGCUUACAGGGGUCUCUCCAGGGGCUUUCUCACCUCAAGGUUCCCGGCGCCUCCCGGGGCCAGGAAAGCCGCAAGGGCUCCUUCCUCUCGGCGCUCAACACCUCCCUGCUGGACAGAAUCUCCCUGGCGUCCCGGCGCUCCUCGGCGCUCGAUGACUCCAGGUCCAUUUCCAAGUCCGAGGAAGUGAAGAACAAGAUCAUCAAGAACUUCAACACAGUCCUCUCUCUGGGUGCUGAUGUCUUGCCGGAAUACAAGUUACAAUCUCCACGAAUACACAAAUGGACGAUCCUCCACUACUCCCCCUUCAAGGCCGUGUGGGACUGGAUCAUCCUGCUCCUCGUCAUCUACACGGCCAUCUUUACGCCCUACGUGGCCGCCUUUCUUCUCAACGAGCAGGAGGUGGCCAGACAGAACAAUCAGAACCAAUAUGAUAGUCCCAUUGUCAUUAUAGAUCUCAUAGUUGACAUCAUGUUUAUGGUGGACAUCAUCAUCAACUUCAGGACGACCUACGUAAACCACAACGACGAGGUAGUAUCGCAUCCCGGCAAGAUCGCUCUUCACUACCUCCGCGGGUGGUUUCUCAUUGACGUGGUUGCUGCCAUUCCCUUCGACCUCCUGCUGGUCACCGAUUCAGAGGCGGGAACGGAGCCUCACACAACUGCUUCUCCAGCAGAAAGAGAAUUUGAGGAGGCAGAUGAUGAAAAGACAACCACCCUCAUCGGCCUCCUGAAAACUGCUCGACUCCUGCGCCUGGUCAGAGUGGCCAGGAAAAUAGACAGGUACUCCGAGUAUGGCGCCGCCGUCCUCCUCCUCCUCAUGGCCACCUUUGCCCUCAUCGCCCAUUGGCUGGCCUGCAUCUGGUAUGCUAUUGGCAAUGCAGAGCGCCCAGGGCUGCCUCACAAAAUAGGUUGGCUGGACCAUUUGGCCAAUGCCACCCGUCAGUACUAUUACGGCAACAGCACAGGAGGACCCACACUCAGGGCUAAGUAUGUGACAGCACUAUACUUCACCUUCAGUAGCCUCACGUCUGUGGGUUUCGGCAACGUGGCGCCAAACACAGAUGUAGAGAAGAUAUUCACCAUAUUGGUUAUGCUCAUUGGCUCUCUCAUGUAUGCCAGUAUCUUUGGUAAUGUGUCAGCCAUCAUCCAGCGACUGUAUGCUGGCACAGCCCGCUACCACACACAGUUCAUGAGAGUCAAAGAGUUCAUCCGUUUCCAUCAAAUACCUAAUCCACUCAGGCAGCGGCUAGAAGAGUAUUUCCAGCACGCCUGGACCUACACAAACGGCAUCGAUAUGAAUCUGGUGUUGAAGGGCUUCCCUGAUUGCCUGCAAGCUGACAUCUGUCUGCAUCUCAACAGACAGCUUUUCCAAUCCUGUCCAGCCUUUGAAGGUGCCAGUCCAGGAUGUUUACGAGCGUUAAGUAUGAAAUUCAAAACCACACAUGCUCCUCCGGGGGACACUUUAGUGCACAGAGGGGAUGUGCUCACCUCAAUGUACUUCAUCUCCAGAGGCUCUCUUGAAAUCCUCAAAGAUGAUGUUGUAAUGGCCAUCCUGGGCAAAGAUGACAUAUUUGGGGAGAACCCAUGCAUCUACUCCACUAUAGGAAAGUCCUCAUGUAAUGUGAGAGCACUCACCUACUGUGACCUCCAUCGCAUCAUGAGGGACGACAUCCUAGAUGUCCUGGAUCUUUACCCAGAGUUUUCUGAGGAGUUUUCAAGGAACUUGGAAAUUACCUUCAACUUGAGAGAUGAGGAAGUAGCAGGUGUGGAUCCAGCACUUCUGCGAAAGUGGCCUGCCCAAAUGGAGCGGAGCAACUCCCAGGAGGGUGAGGACGUGAGAGCUGCCUUCAGGCUACCGAGGCAGCGGAGGCGACAAUACACCCGGCGGCCGUCCAGUGGCGAGGAGAGCGACUCUCCUGAGGAAGAUCAGUGUCAGUCGAGUGCAGAGGUGUUGCACAAACAGGAAGAGAAGCACUUAGUCUCUCGGGGAGUCAAGGUGUCCUCUCCUGAAAAGGUUAGGAAAGAGUCGGGUCCUCUCAAUCUAAACUUUGAACACAAACAACGGUCGGGAACCCUCAACUCCAUAACAGCUGGGUCAGCGGAUAUAUCCCCAGGUUAUGGGGUCCUUACUCAGCUCAAACGUAGCUUUACUGACCUCCGCCUGCAUAGAGUGGAGGGUAAGGUGCAUAGAUCGGAAAGUAGAUCGGGAGCCUUCUCAAGUAUGACCUCAGCGUUGGGUGUUGGAGGGCGAGAAUCAAGGUCAACGUCCAGAUGCUCCUCCCCAGGACCCCACGGAAAAGAGGAUGCCCCACUCCUCACAAACGCUGCCCCUAUUGCAGGUAGUGCCAGUCCUGAGCGGCGAGUCCAUGCCCGCCACUCCAGCUUGACCUUACCUGUGGAGGGUCAACACAGUGGCACUCACAGUCAUAGUCGGGAAGUUGUGGAGGUCAACUUGCGCUUAGAUGCCAUCACCAGGCAAAUGCAGCACUUGGAGAUGCGUGUGACAUCAGACAUUGGUCACAUUCUCUCUAUUCUGCAACAACAACAACAACAGUCAUCAGUUUCACCGUCCCAAAUGGAUUCUGAUCAGAGUCCAGAAAAUCGUCGUGGUGGAGGAAAUGGUUCUCGGGGAGGAAAUGGACGAGAAGGUAAAGUGUUCCGACGAACAGCCUCCUUGCAUGAUGACACCCCAAAGCACUCAAGACACCACUACCGCUCUCUGGAGAUCACUCGACCUCAGGUGGAGGAUUUGCUAGGGCAUUCAAGUGACAGCUCCACCCAUCAAGGCCUUGAUUUUCGAGAAGUGAGUGGAGCCCUUGGAGGCUUGAGUGGUCCUGGUCGAGGAGGAGUUGGGGGUACCACAAGACAAUGCCCUUCCAUGCCUCUCACUCCAGACUUGGACUCAGACUCCUUGAGACCAUCUCCACCCCGCAGUCAAUCCCAGCCUUCAGAUUUAACACAGGCCCGGUGGCGUCGUAAGUGCCGCUCACCUCUGCAAGGCUCAGCCCUGGACCCCUGGGCACCCCGGCGGGAGGACUCCAAGGGCUCUGAGCCUGAUUCCUGGGGCGACUUCCGAUCCCUCACCGAGGCUCCCAUCGCUAGACUAGAGUCGCUGGAUGAAAUGGAGUCGUUGUCUCUAGCAGCCUCUAAGACCAGUGACCAGUGAUACCGCCGCCCUUCUUCUCUCUCUUUCCUCUUCUCAAGGGUCCCACGAACGUUCAAGGGAAGCAAGUCCCGGCACGAGUCGCCAUAGCAUGCCAGCUCCUCCCCGGACUGAGUCAGAUGUCUAGGACUCGUGCUUUAUCAACAAAUCCUCAAGGACCCACAGCCACUCAGGUCGGAGUCCAGCGUGUGGUAACUGGCAUCCCCAAGUCCACGUGAAUUUGCAACGAAUGAAUCUUUCUCCAGUUACUCAUUAUUUAGAAAGCAAAAGAAUCUAGUGUAUGAAGAUUACAUGUGACUUAUAGAUGUGUGGAAACGUAUGUAGUAAAUAUGUAGAUGGAACAUGGGGAAAGAUCUAACAGAGCUGAAAUGCAACAACUUAUAAUGAUAGAGGUUUAAAGUAACACUGAGUAUGUAAUUUAAAAUUUCUUGGUAUACUGAUCUAUCAUGCAAUACAUAAGUUCAUCUUAGUCAUGUAGGAAGUGAUACACAAUUCUGUGAGAACUGAUAUUCAGUAUCCUUAAGUUAUAUAAGGGAAUUGAAUAAUAAGGCUUUUUACCACUGAAUCUAUUAUAAUUUAUUAUAAUUCUGCAUUCAAAUUGAGUCCCCUGAAGUGCAGUUGAAGGGGAUCUUAAAUAUUCAUAAUGUUUAAGGUAUUCCUCAGUGAAUGUAGCAGGUUUAACCUUGCUUGAAAUGAUUAGAGAUAGACAGAAUAUGUUUUGAUAUGCAGAUAUUGAACAGAAAAGACUGCACAUUCACAUAGACAGUCACUAAUUGUUUCAGAUUCGGUAAUACUGCAACGUCCAGGGAACGAUGGUAAUUAAUUUUUUAAGAUUAAGGUUUUCUGUGAUGCCUUUCAUUUAAAGAGUGGAGAACAUAAACCAUUGGUUGUGUCCAAGAAGUCCUCAGUCAUACUUCUUUCAUAAAUUUUUUUUGAAAAAUGUGUUUAUAAGCUUCUCCAGUCUGUCAAUGCCAGUACCAGUCUGUUUUUCAUUUUGAUUCUUUUUACGCAGAACAUCCUCAGAAUACUUUAGAGAUGUGCAUUUGUACAAACAUUUUUAAUAUGUGAUGGAUUCCUCCUGCGUGAAAUGAAAACUGACUAAACACUCCUUGGACUCCACCACUGAGAUGAAGUUACUUGUUAAGACAACAGCUCAAGGCUUUAGUUACUGGCUGAAAUCAAACAAAAACUGGUGACUGUGCUGUAACGUUUACUGUUUUGUUUAAUAAUUUGAUUUAUAUUUACUGGCACAUACAGCUGUAUGUUUGCCUAGAUUGUAUACUUACAUAAGUUGGCCCUUGUAAAAGACACUGAUUUUUAUAGAAUUUAACGGAUUUCCUUUCACACAAACUUAGUGCCACACAAGAGACCAUGAGUAUUUUUAUUUAGAUUUCUUUGAACAUGAUAUGAAACCAAUAAAUAGAAAAAAGAAACAGUCUAAUCCUGGAUAAUAUUUCACGAGAUCUAUUCCGAUAACAUAAAAAAAAAUAAAGAAAAAGUUUCAGCACUAUAAGAAGAUAUGGACAAUUCAUCCAAAUGUGAAGGGUUGGAAAUAUUUUACUUGGUUUCCACACAACAAAAUUAUAUAAAAGGAUUUCUUUCAUUUUUCUAAGAGUUAAAUUUAUAGAAAAAAUUAGAUAUAAUAUAUUAUUUAAAGGAGCAUUAAUUUUUAUAGAGAUUUUGUUUUCUCCCUCAUAUUGCUUUGUUUCUGGAUGCCUCCAGGGAGCUAUAAAUUCUUCAGCACACAGCAUGAUUUACUGGCUGAACACUGAGUAAGAUACUCAUUAAUCUGAGAUUUAUGUGGAAUCACACAAAAGAGAGGAUCCAUAAUAUUCAGAAUCACAUUGAAGCUGUCUUAUUUGGUGCCAUAUAUAUAAGAUUUUUUUUAUGCUCUACAAUCCAAAGAAGAACUGUACUGUAAUUUUCUAUCACCUUCAAGAAAACCAAAAUUGAGGCAAGUUCAUAUUUCUCUCAAAUUUGUCUUCAUACACAAUCAGAAAAUUCUAAAUAAUGUGUGGUUGGUGUUUACAGUGCAAAUAUUUGUCAUCAUAUUAGAACACAUAGAUUACAUUCUGGGUACUUAUGAUACCAAAAUCAUUUCAGUCAGUAACUAGACACUUGAGUCCUCACAUACAAGAACUCAGGAGUUUCUCUAAUCUCUUACAGCUGUAUAUGUCUCGAAACUCUAUGAAUAUGUUGAUGCAUCAGAAUGUUGCAUAACCAUUCUUGUAAUAUUUAAGUUUAUCUAAUCUAGGAUCUCGGUAGUAUUUUGACAUCCAUGUGGGUGUCUGAAUCACUUUGCAGUGGCUCUCUCUCUCUCUCAGUCACUAGUGAUGUUGACUCUUUCAUUAUGAUAAGAUUGGCCACUCCAUUUAUUAAUGUCUGCUUUCACCUGCUGCUGAAAUAUUGUAGCAUCACAAAUUAUAAACAAGAUAAAACAUUAGAAAAAUAGAAAAGAAAAAGGCUGCUGCAAACACAGUUGUUUUUAAUUAUAGUAGGGAAUUUAAUGUCUGAAAUGGUUGUGAAAAAAUAUAGUUGAAGCAGCAAGAAAUCCACAAAGUGCAGCUGCAGUGUUGUGGUGGUGGCAGCUCAUCCCGGCAGCACCUCAGGCUGGACGGAGGGUUGGGCUAACGCACACCUGUUUUGUUGAAUUACUUUCUUUUCAAAAUUGUAUAUCAACUCAUCUUGUAAAGGUGGGAAUGUGAUGUCACUAAAUUGUAUAUGAUAUCAUUUUCCUGAUAAGUCUGUAAAACUAAUUACCCAUUUGUAUUUACUUAUUUUAUGAGACAUAUUGCUUACAUAUUGUAUAAUGAUGCAAACACUACCUAACAUAUACAUGCUGUACCUCAUCUCAGGUUCCUUGUAUAUUUUGGUUGAAUAAGUCAGAACAAAUGCACAUUUGACAUGAAUAUGAACUGUGCAGUUCUUUAUACAACCUGUGUUUAGAAAAUAAUUGCCAACUUCAGCAAAUGGAAUUGUGUUAAGAUAAUGUGGGAUUCCUGCUAAAGAAAUUCUUUGUAUGUUGUUUCUAUCAAGUUAUCUCUAGAAAACUGUAAGUUUUAUCUUUAUAUUUAUGAUAAAAACAGAUAAUUAGAAUUGUAACCAAAACAAUUGGAUAUAAAACUUGUGAAGGAGAGAGAAAUAUAGGUUGACAAAAAUUAGGUUUAAGUGAAUAUAGUAGUGCAUUUCUGGUAAUCUAAAUUUCAUAUGAAUAACUAGGUGAUUUACUGCCUCAUACUCAGUAUGAGGCACAUAUUGUAUGGCUUUUGUUAUGUUUUUUUUUUAACUGCAUUUGAAAAUUUAUUUUUUAGAGGGAACAUUUUGAAACAGAGUCAACAUAAGUCAAUAUGAAUUGAUGUACAAUUUUGUAAACAAAAUAAUGCAUUGUUGGGAAUUAGAAAGACAUUUAAAGUUCCCUGUAAAAUAACUGAACCACUAGUAACAUUAUUUGGCAAUAUGUCAACACUUUAGUACCAGAUUUCACUGAUUAGAAGUAGGAUUAUAAAAUGUAUUCUUGAUAUGUACUUCAUUUUCAUUAUAUAUAUAUUUUUAGGAUGGUGCCAAAAUCCUUAGAAACAAAUUCCUUUGAUUUGAAUAGCAUGAGCAGCACCAUUGCAAAGCUGAAGUAAAUGAGCACUAUUUUGUGAAUCUCUUAAAUAUUAGUAGUCCAUUUAAUAUGUAGGUAGUUUUGAUUACAAGGAUAAAAGCUAUAAUAAUUCACAUAAUUUAUUUUUUAUUUAUUUAUAUAUUUUUUUCCAUUACAAUGGAGUUUGUCAAGCAGCCACUUUCUGAAUUGUCCUUUUUUAUUCACAUAUUAAUUGGUUGUUGUAAUAGAUUUAGAAAGUAAUACUUUUAUGGUCAUAAGAAUAUAUAUAUAUAUAUAUAUAUAUAUAUAUAUAUAUAUAUAUAUAUAUAUAUAUAUAUAUAUAUAUAUAUAUAUAUAUAUAUAUAUAUAUGUAUAUAUAUAUAUAUAUAUAUAUAUAUAUAUAAAAUCUUAGCAAAGUGUGAUAUUGACUAGGAUAUUGCAGUUGAAUAAUUCUUGUUACUUUGUUGAAGGAAAGUUGUACUCUUUUAUUAAGAGUUUGUAAACCGACAUGGCUAAGGUGAAACAGACACACUGAAAAGAAAUAAGUGCAGAUGGCCUGUGGAAAGAAAGAGUCAUUCCUAAUCCUUGUGAAGAAAGCAUUUAUCCCAAUUCCCUGCAACAGGAUUGAACAGUUGCCCUUAACCCUAUACCAGAGUGUUUCUGUGCCUUCAGCCUUCCAAUAUUCCACAGGGCCUGUCCCUCUCUGUUUAAUUGUUAUCUAGUGUGGUUGUUACAUGUUGUUGGCUAAUGCUAAUAUUUUUUUUAACUGCAUCUAGCCAGGUACCUUUUUGGCCUUUGCUCUUUGCUGACAGAAUGUAACUUGGUUUAUCAAAUCCAUUUGAUAUUUUCUGUUUCUAUAGCUUGUAUUAUUGUUUUCAUUUCAAUUUUUGUUCCUAAACCUUUACUGGAUGUUAACAAUUCCUUUUUUCAUACCUUCUCAUCUCAAAUAUACUAUAUUUGUUGCAGUUUUUUUUCAUUUGGUGGACCAGGUUUUGUCUUGCUUUAACAUCAGUAUAUGAAUUAUUUCCCUGCAAGAUAAUUCUGUGCUUUCAAAUUUGUUAUCUUGUCAUUUAACAUGAAAGAAAAACUAUAAGCACCAAUAAUAGCAAUCAGUCUUUAUUAAAAUCUGAAAUAGAGGUACUAUUUUUGUAACACAAAUAAUGCUUGCUUUCAUCAGUGUGGUUUCCCUAACCAUCAUCUACAGUUGAGGAUUGAUUGAUUUGCAGUUUAUCAUUUAUAUUUCAAGUAUUAUCAAUCUCUUGAGCACUGUGGUUUUGUUGUUGGUGGUGAUGGCUAUCUGCAGUGCUAAAGAUCACUUAAAACAUGAGGAGCUACACCUUUGAAGUUAAACACCAUCUCAAUAAGAUAAUACUUUAUUUUUUAUUAAUAUUUAUUUAUUUGUUAAUGAUCUUAAUUUAUUAUUUGCUUGUUAAUCAUUUCCCACAGCUGACUGCAUGACUUCUUUCCUUUAUUUGUGAAUAAUUAUAUAUAAUUAUAAUGUUCAAAUGAUGUUUCCCUCUCUGUAGUCCCCCACAUUGCUUUUUUCUUGAGGUAUUCUUUUAGUGAUAUGAUUAUACAACACAUUUCCUUAGUUUCUGCACUUGUGAUCAUUCACUAUUUCUGUUAUGAUUGUGGUCUUUCCUUAAAAGAAUAACAUCCUACCAAACAAAUCUUCAAAUUUUCUUCAGGUAAUAUGGCCUCUUGUCUAUUCUGCCAUGUCCUCUGAUCCUCACUUUCCUUUUACCAUACCCCUGGUUGCCUUGGACCCCACUGGUCCUGUAUAUAAUUAUGUGACCACCAGGUUGUGACAGACUUGGGUCACUCACUCGCCUGGCAAGAUGAGAUAUUGUACCUGUCCCUGCUAACUGCAUAGAUAUUGUCACUUAUGUUUAUAUACACACCUAACUGUCAUUGGUGCACUAACAGUGUUAGAAAACUGACAGUUUGUACAUACCUGUAUAUAUAGCCCAGAAAGGUGCUUCUCUAAGAUCUGUGCUCCAGGCACAAGUAGACCUUACUUAGGAGUCACAACGACAGGGGAGAAGUGAGUUGGUGCACGUAGGGACAAGGUUUUAUGCAUCACUGUCCCAGCUUUAACAUGUUAGCAUGUUCCAGUACAUCUUUAUUGUUUAGGCAUAUAAUCUUGUAUAUCACAGAGUAAUCUAUAAAUACUGUUUUUAAUCAAUGCAAUUUAAACCUAAGGUGAAAUUUACAAAUAUGAUAGUGAUCAAUAAUACUGAUAUACACCAUUGAUCAAGACCAGAUUUCAACCAUGCAUAAUGAACUGAGCCACUUCACCACUGGACAGCAGAACACAGAACACACAAUAAAUUGUUUUUAAUCUUGGUAUGAUUAACACAUACAUACUCAUUAGGGAAAAUUUCAUGGGACCAUUAGCAUUGUUGAGACAUGCAUCCAUCACUUGACCCAUUGUUAGAUAUAUCUGUUACUCAUUCUCAUGAUGAAACCAAGAUGAAUUUGUACAUUUGUAAGUCACGUUCAGUGUCUGUGUGUCGAGUGGUCAGUUGCCAUGUGUGUUGCCGAGACCUGUCCAGCUCGACCGUGUGCGAUGUGGCUGAUGAACUUGAUGGUUGGACUGCCCAGAAAUUAUUUUAAAAAAUAUGUUAAGAAGAUAAUGCAGGACAAUGACAUUUUGCAAAAACUUAUUAUGUAAGAUAUACAUUUUACAGUAAUGUAAAUUUUUGAAGCAGAUGGCAAAGAAAGGAAGCCAAACUACAAAUGCUUUACAUCUCAAAUCUAACUUGGCCAUGGAAAAGUUGGCAACAUACUUGUUUUCAGAGUCAAAAUCAAUCUAUAAGCUAAGCUAAGCUUAUUCUAGUCUUACUAACUUAUUAUAUUAUAUUCCGUAGAUAUAUAAUCAAGUAGCCUUAUCACAUUUAAAUCUAAAAAUAAGCUUCUUAUCGCUUUGCUUAAUAAAAUUAGAUUAUUUGUAGAAUCAUGAAAACGAACACUAUUGAAACUCAGGUGAUCUAAAGUUUUGGCUUUGUAAGUAGCCUGUCAGUAUCGCACCAUUCUGGCCUCAGACGUGAGCAGUGUGUGGGAGAAGGCAGACAGAGAUUCUCCACCAUAAUCUUAGAGUGAAGUAAUGUCUCUAGUAUUCCAUGUAACACCUCCCUGCUGGCUGUGGACACCGGCUUCCACCGUCCACUGAAGAAGGACCCGCACAGAGCCCACAACCCCUGUUGCUUCGGUGUUCUGUACCCAAUUUUAACUAAUUUUUUACUGACCUUUAUCUGUGAAAUAUGUCUUGUACAAAUGUGAUAACACUCAAUAUUGUGAACUUAUCCACAAUAAUAAAUCCAGAAAAC